AUGGCAGAAGUCGUGGCUGUCGUGGCCAGCGGGGCGGGUCUCGCGUCCCUUGCUCUGCAACUGGCGGAAGGGGUCAAACGACUGCGGCAACGUCACCGAAAUGCAGCAGGACUCCUUGGUGACCUUUCAACAUUGGUGGAAGACCUCGAUUUGAUCACUAAGCAGCUGAAUGGCCUUGAAGCAGACACGCAUGACAUCCUGGAACAACAAAUGGGACCGAUCAUCUUGGAGAGAUGCCGUCGUCGUUCAGAGAUUCUGACGGAACGACUGACAAAGCUCACGGCGAACAUCCCAACCGGGCCAUCAAGAAUGAAUGCUGUUCGUGCGGUAGUUCGAUCGAAAAGGUGGAACACCGAACUUGAAGAGCUCCGAAACGCGGUUUCAGGUGUCCAGCUAGAACUCCUUCAGUACUGCAUCCCAAUCCAGCACGCACACGUGUGUUCUCAGUCGGCCUCGGAUAUUAAUGUCUAUAGGCUUUAUUUAAUCCACCAAAACAUCGCCAUGAAGAAGUUGCUUCGCAUCGCGGAUCCCGAGAACAGUGACGGGGACAGUUCACGCAACCCUGUCUCGCCAACUAGCGAGCGUCACGAUGACGUUCUGCCCCGAAUUUCGAAUAUCCCUCGGCAUCGGUUUUCUCAUUGUGCAGUCCGAAGUUGCCAUUGUUCAUGCCAUAUCACGCGUUCAGUAGGCGGCAGGUUUUGGCGCCUUCAGUACACCCCAUUCGCCAACAUUUUCAACACUUGCGACAAUGCUAGGUGUUCGGUCCAACGUUACAGAGUCAACCUUCGAGCCGCGCUUUCACACUUUGGUGUGGGAUGGGCAGUCGUAUUUGGGCUUGACAUGAUGGUAGAGCCUGGGAAGUACUGGCUUCAACCGGUGUUGCAGGUUGAGAGAGUCGUCAAUCGGACCGCACCGGGUUUCGUCAUUCUAAUGAAAUUAUCGGAAAACCUUUUGAAGUGGAACGAGGCUGAAAUCCAGUUUAGAGAGCUUUACAGAUCGGAUCCGGCAUUUGUGAAUCAAGUCGACCCCCAGGGAAGGGGCUAUCUCGAGAAAAUUUUAUCCUACGGAGGCUGGGGAUGCUAUGGCACUGAAAUUGAGAGUCAGAUUCGGUUACUACGUUUUCUUGUCGAAGAACUUCAUUUGAUCAAGGGGGUUGACAGCCCAAGUCUCAUGUACAACUGUGCGUCAUUCAGUUCUACAAAUCGCCAUCUCGAAAUUAUUGAGGCUGUCACCUCUCUUGGAUGUGACUUCAGCACAACUGCUUCUCCCAGCUUCGAGUCAUGGCCGGAACCCUGCGUGCAUGAUCCAGAGUUGGCUUGUUUUGUCCGUAUGAUGCCAGAAGACCCGUUCUACCUGGAAUACAUGGGCAUAAUUCUUAAGUCAAACCCUGAUUUCGGGGACAGCCCGCCCAUUCACAACGCGAUUCUACACGGAUCUAAAGAGGACUUUCGGGUGAUCAUCCAGAAAACCCAACCCUUGGAGGAAAACGUCAACUUUCUUGGGCAAUCGCCCCUCCAUAUAUCUGUGCGUUAUCCAGAGCGCCUAGACAUCCUCCUAGCUGCGGGUCACGAUGCUAGUGUGCGCGACAAAAACGGCAUCACUCCUUUGAUGUAUGCUGCGGCUAUGAACAUCUCAGAAGCAGUCACAGCUCUCAUCAACCACGGCGCAGAUCUAUUCAUGCGCGAUAAGCUGAAUGACUACGACUUCAUCAUGUACGCCGCAGUACGACAUCAUUGGUCCUUGGUUUGGUGUGCCAUUGACUUGAUCAGUUCGAAUGACCGCAGCCUGCUGCCUAGGUUGUUUCCUAGCAUCUUCCUUGCGUCUGGACGAGACUGCUUCCUCGCACAUGACCCAAAAAGUCUCACAGAGGGUUGGAAGAAAUAUUGGCUGAAGGUUUUCUCCAAGGUGACUUCAUUGGAUAUCUGCUUCGAAGACGGGGGCACCCUAAUGCACGUUGUGGAUAGCUGUCUGUUGGCAAAUAUGCUUGUUAAUUCAGGCUUUGCGAAAUUCAACCACAGGAACAACUUGGGCGAACACUCAUUGUUUGCUAUUGCUCGUUUUCUUGAUCCGGUUUUGUUUCGGCAGUUCAUCGCAAAGGGGGCACUGGUCAACAUAACGAACAACCAGGGUCAAACUGUCCUCCACGGGUUGCUUGGUCUUCUACAUGACCCAGAGAACCGCAAGAAAAAGGAGCUCCUCGAAAUCCUGGACAUUCUUCUUGAUAGCGGAGCUAAGAUCGGUAUCAGAGACCAUUGUUCCUGCAACUGUUCGCCUAGUGGCUGUCUCCCUGGUUCAAGCCUGGAAUUCGAUCUUGUGGAAAUCUUGCAUACGCAAGUUUACAAUGGUUUCUGGGUCUUUGAAUGGCUUCUCAUUCUUGAAGAGCGAGGUCUUUUAGUGGAAGCUAAGGACUUUGCUUUAUCCGUCUUCCGUCAGACAUAUUAUAAAGAGGCAGGCUUUCGCCAUGCCUGCUGCCGUUCCAAUUCAGCCGGUGAACACGAUGAUACUGAAGAGGAGUUCUGGGAUAUCGGGAAGCAAAUUCAAUGGGAAGAUUUGAGAGACAAGAUGAGUGAUUGGGCUGAACGAGAUUACCAAGAAGUCAAGUAUGGGUUAAUGGUUCAUCUGCAACAACGGCAGUCCGCAAAGAAGCGUGAGAUGGAAUCCGAGAAACAAAACCAGAGUGGCAGAAGACAUGAAACAUCGGCAAGUUAUUACAAAAGAUGA